AUGGAUUCCUUUCCUGGUGGGUUUCCUGGACUUUAUGAUUCAGAUACAGGGAGGCCAAAUCAGUUUGAUCAAAGUUCAAGAUCAAGCCGAUUUGAAAGGCCUUCACCUGAGCUGGAAGCUGUUAAAAAGUCUUUGAAACAGAGAAAAAGAGCAUUAAAGAAACAUAUGAUCCAUAAUAUGGAUUCAUCUUGUUAUAUUUUCAUCUUCAUAACGUAUCUUUAUGAUUGCAGUUUAUUAUUGCUUCUAAUGAGAUCAUUUGUUCAAUCAAUAAUUCUGGUGCUUCAAUUUUCACCUAUAGUGCAACAAGUCAUUCCGAAAAAUGCUGGUAAAAGGUCAACCUUUCACGUUGUUAUCAUAUCAAACAUAUUAUCUGUAAUAUUACACCUCACAAGAGAACUACCAAUACCAGAUGAUAACGGGUUCAUUUAUGGCCAUCACACACUACAGGUAAUUGGUCAGCAACAACUUUCAAACAAAUAUUACUUGCUUUUAUUGGAUAUUUUGGUUUUUUACUUACAAUUAGCAUUAUUUACAUCUCAAUACACUUCAAAGAAGCAUAAAACUAUACGGUCGUCCUUAGUGGAAUCAGAAUAUGAUGGAUUUCAAGGAGAGACUAUUGCAUUGAAAAUUCCUUUAAUAUCUGCUUUGCAUCUACCUUUUCCUAGCAUUGAGGAAUUAAAGUUAGAAGAGGAGGAAUUGGAAAAUGAAACGAAUAAUAAUAAUGAUAAUGAAGACAGUCUGAUGGUUGGCCAACCUGCUUAUGGUUCCAUCAGCAAUAACAAUGAUAAUAUGGAUGAUGAGGAUGGAGAGGAUUCUGUUUUAUAG